CCCGGAUGGGGUGCGCGCCAUUUUCAAACGUCCUACCGCCGGGAUUCGGGCCCUCCCUCGGAAGGGGAGGACGACAGUGAUCGAUGCCGCGGGUUGAGGACCGGGAGGGCAGCGGAAAUUCACUUGAAUUUGCAGUGAAGCAUAUCUUGACAUGACCACCUCUUCAGAGAGAAAGUUUGUAAACCUGCGAAAGCGUUUGGAUCAACUUGGCUAUAGGCAGCCCCUUGGGAUAGAGACACUCCCACUGGUGGAAAAUCUUUUCAGUGAUUUAGUACACACAACAGAAAGCCUUCGCAAUGCCAAACUGUCAUCUGGAAAAACAGAAAAAGAGAGCAAGAACCUGGAUUCUGUGCUUGAGCCAUAUAGAACUGAGAAUGCGCGUCUUGUCCAGGAGAACAACAAGCUUCACCAGGAAUUACUGAGAUUAAAAGAGGAAUCAGAUCAGCAGAUCAAAGAUUUAAAAUAUAGCAUUAGAAAAUUGGAACAUGACACUGCAGAUCUGAAGUUCCUAAAUAACCAGUAUGUACAUAAAGUACGAUCUCUAGAGAAGGAAGGUAAAGCAAAGACUGAAAAGAUCCUGCAUUUACAAGAGAAAAACCUGCAGGCAGUGAUACAAACUCCAGGUGGCAAAAAGCGCAACAUCCCAUUUCGUCGACAGCGAAUGCAAAUUGAUCAGGCGGUUCCUCCAUCUGCGAUUGCAUCAGCACCACAAAUUCAUACUGAAGAUCCUUACCAUCUGGACCUAUUGAAUGUAGCUGAUGAUAGAAUAAUGGGUCUUCAAGACACAGUUAAUAAUCUCAAGGCUGAACUGGAUAAAUCAGAUCGUGAGAUGAGAAAAUUUCAGAGGCAGGUUGAAGCAAGAGAUGAGGAAAUAGAGCGCCUGAACCGAACACUGGAAGGUGGUCGGCCUCAUGAUGUCAUCUCCCUUGAAGCUAAAAGUAAAAGUAAUGAACGUCUUAUAGCACACUUAAACUUACAGGUUGAAUACCUUCAGAGAACUAACUGUGAUUUGGAGAAGCAGAUGAAAGAACUUCUGGAGAAAAAAAGUGAGGCAGCAAAUGAGGUUGUAAACCUGAGCACUAAAAAUGAGCACUUAUGUAAUGAAUUGAAUGAGAUUGACCAUUUGGCACAACAGUUGCAACGGGAUAAAGAAAUUGCCCUAGAAAUUGCUGAUAAAGAAAUUCAAGAAGCAAAGGAUGAAAUCAAGAAACAGCAUCGAGAAUUGGAAGGGUUUGAAGAAACAAUUGCUAGACUGACCAGAGAAUUGACUGCAACACGUAAUAAUUACUGUAAGGUUCAAGAAGAGCUACAGUGUAAAUCCAAAGAAAAUCAAACACUUCAUGAUUUGUUAACUCAACUAAAGAAGGAAAAGCAAAGGCUGCAAGAGCGAGUUGAUAAGCAAAUAACAACAGAACGAGAAAUAGUGUUAGAAUUGGAAAGAAUGAGAACACAGCAUGGUAUUCUAAAAGGAGACACGUCAACGUCUCGUCUAGACAAAUUUGUAAAGACUUUAGAGGAAGAAAGGGAUCAUUACAAAUUUGAAGUAGAAUACCUGCAGGAUUUGGUAUCCGGAAGAAAAAGCCCAACCUGCUCUCCAAGACGUGGUCGGAGUCCAACGUGGACUUCACCUGUUAAGAGUAGUAGCCUCAGCUCAGAAUUGUUGCAGGUUAUCAGAGAGCGUGAUGAGUUGCAAUCAGUGCUUGACAAAUUCGAGCAACACAUGGCAGAAAUCCAGUCGAAUGUCAAGGUUCUGACAACAGAGCGAGACAAAUUGCUUAUGAUAUGUGAGCAGAAUCAAGAUGAAUUGGACAAAUUAAAAAAGGAGAUGCUAAUAUCACCAAUAUGUAAAAUGCGUAUGGAAGAAGAAAAAGUUGAAGCUAAAGCAAAAUUGAAGAGAAUAACAGCUGAGAGAGAUGAUCUGAGAGAGAGAAUGAAGGGUAUCCUUGAAACAUCUGAUUUUAACACAAAGCAGAUGGAGCAGCAAAUGUUACAGUUGGAAAAUAAAGUGUAUGAACUUGAUAAUGAAUGCUUCACUUUCAAGAAGAAGGUUGCAUCACAAAUGGAAGAUAUAGCAGCACUUGAAGAAAAAACCAAGCUUCAGUCACAAAAACUCUUGCAGACAAGUGAUGAUACUUCUCACCUAAAGGCAGAGCUGAGUUCAGUUAGGUUACAGAAUGAACACCUGGAGAAAUCUCUUGCAGAUGUGCAGCAUCGAUUGUCAAUGAAAACCAAGGAGCUCCAGGCAUUUCAAGAUCGGGUUACCAGACAUGAGGAAAGGCUAGGUGAAUUCAAUAGGCAAACUACUGCUCAACGAGAAGAAAUCAGUGCAUUAAAAAGUACGAUAUCUGCCCUGGAUCAAGAAAAAGAUUGCCUGCAGGAGGCUGUGGAUGACAAAACUGAGAAAAUUGCAACUUUAGAAGAUAAUCUUGCCAACAGGGAAAAGGCCUUAACUAAUAUGAAGAUUACUGUCACUGAACUGGAAUCUGCACUAGAUCUUUUGAACAACACUCUGAGUAACCGAGAUCGGGAAAUAAAUUCCUUACGUCGUCAGCUUGAUUCCAGUCGUAAGGAACUGGAGCAAAUCGAACAAUCUCGAGAUAAUGCUUUCAAAGAGAAUCAUUGCUUGCAAGAUGACUUGGCUCAAAUGACAAGAGAAAAUCAGGCAAUCAGCAGUGAACUCGAACAAGCUUUGCAUGAAAAGGAUGAUUUCAAAUCAAGAGUACAUAAUUACAUCAAUGAAGUGGCAAGAAUAGAAAGCUUAAUGGUUGCCAAGGAACAAGAGCUUCAUCACAUGCUGGAGCAGUUCCGACUGGCAACUAACCAGGCUGAAAACUGGGAGCAUAAGGCCCAUCAGGCAGAGGGAGAGAGCAGUUCAAUUCGCUUGGAGCUCCUGUCUGUAGAUACAGAAAGACGACAUCUUGAGGAGAAAGUGGUCAAGCUCGAAAGGGAAAUACAAGAGCACAUAUCUGCCCAACAAGCUUAUGAGAAAGAAAUAACAAAUUCUGCUAAAAGCAUGUCCAAACUGGAGGAAGAGCUACGACAGACACAAGCUGAAAAAUCUCGUGUGUUCGGAGAUUUGUCUGCAAUCAGGGAACUUUGUGCCCAACUAGAUUCUAAUAAGGACACCCUGUCACGGCAGCUUACUUCUAAAAGCAUGGAACAUGAAAGGGCUAUAAGUGAACUAGAAGAUAUAAAGGCUGAAAAUGAACUUAUAAAGAAACAGCUGAGCAGUGAAAGGGUCACCAUAAAGAACCUUGAGACAUUGUUAACAUCAACACGUGAAAAGGAGCUUCAGUGUCACCUCAUAAAGCAUGAAAAAGAGUCAGAGAUACAGCUUCUUGCAGACAAGCUUUCUCUCGCAGAAAGCAAAGUAUCUAGUCAGAAUCAUGAUUUAGUUCAGCUUCGUACAAAAUCUUCACAGCUUCAAACUGAGCUUGAUCUUAUGAAACGGCAACUCACAACAGAACGUUUUGAAAGAGAACGUGCAAUUCAGGAAAUGCGUCACCAUGGCCUUUCUACCACUGUCAGUUCUUUGUCCCCGCUUAGAACAUCGGGGAGCCCUCUUUGUCAUUCCCGGGAUGCAUGCUCCCCUAAAUGAGUAUCAGAAUGUUCUGCAGACCAUUAAAUUGCAAUUUUAGUUUAUUUUAAGGAGUAGACUUCAAGCAGACAAGUUGAAUAUUUCACAAAUGGAGCCACAGGUCUCUCCAAAGGACUAUUUGAGAAGUUGCACGCUGAAUCUUUUACAACAUUAAUUUCAUCAAUUUUUGUGUAACUUUGAAAUGAAGUAAACUUAAUUUCAGGAAUAUAUUAGAUUGUAUGGGCUAUCGUUAACUCAAGUAAUUGGCUGGUCUAACAUUCUACGCAACAUUUGUCAAUUUUGCUGUUUUAGUUUAUUAAAAAGAUCAGCAUUACUCCAAUAUUUCAAAAAAUAUCACUCAGUACUCUGACUUGGCUUUCUAUAUUUUAUAAAGUAGAGGUUUUUACACUCCAUACCCGUAUAUUGUUACAUGGCUCAAAAACGAAUAAGAUUGUAUGAUCUUUCAAAACAUUGCAGUAAUUAAAGCAUUAUAAUAAUAUACUGAUCUUAAUUUUUAAGAUAUUCUUUAUCCAUAAAACUGAAUUUAAUUCAUUGGAUCAAAUAGAGUAUACUAGAGUGACAAGUGAACCACAUUGCUUUUUGCUUUGCUAAAGAUGUAAGAAAGAAACUCAAGUAAGAACAUUCCCUUUUAAACUGGAGAUUCAAAUUGUAUAAUCUGAAAAUGGUGCCAAAUACUUAAUUGUUCAUAUAAAAUGGGUUACUGUGAUUUUCAGAGCUAAUGUGCCCAUACUGUACUGUAAAUAUCUGUAUUCUAUUGUGAAUGGUUGAAGAAAUUUUUAUUUGUAAAGAUAUUUUUAUACUGAAUUAGGUUUUCAGUGUUUCUAGUAAUUUAUUUUUUGAAACAUCUCCUCACAGCAACUAAAACAACUUUUUGCUACCAGUGGCCAAGUUGCCCUUUUUUAAUAACUAUCUUUGCUUUGUCAAUGUAAAAUCAGUUUUGCCAUUACAAGUUCUCUACUGAUGUAACAAUAGUGAAAUAGAUUUACAGCUUUUAGUAAAGGCACAGGAGGCUAUAUAUAACUAAUAAAUCAGCAUAAAUUUGUGGGAAAUUAACAAUGAAUUCUGCAGAUUAAUUCAUGAGCAUAAAUUUGCUUAAUUAAGUAAAAAUCAUUGUUGAAUUAAAUGAUUUAAAUGGGUGUCACUGGUAGUUUGGAUAUUUUAAAGGGAAUUUUUUUCUCCAUUACAAAUUUGAUAUUCCAGAGUAACUUGAUAUACCAUAAUACCUUUGUUGCUUCAGAUCUGGUACAUUUGUUUAAUGUUGUUAUCAACUAACAUGAAUGAUGUUUGUGCCCUUUUUUUUGAGGAGAAAUCUCUUAUUUGAUACUUGGAAAUGUUACCUCUAAAGUAUCUUCAAUAUAGUCAUUUUCUGAAGAGCUAUUUUAGAUAUGCUUAUUGUUUUAUUUUUACUACGGAGCAUGGAUUUUGCCAAUUGUAAUUUAGCAUUUAUUUAUAAGAAAUAAAAAUGAUAUUUAUACUGUUAUGACAAAUAACUCCUGAAUUCUUGAUGUUUUUAAAUUAAACUUAAACUUGC